UCUGUGUGUGUGUGUGUGUGAAAAGAGCGCAACACUUAAGUGUGUGUUUGUGUGCCGUACAUAAACAAUGCGCCGCCAGAGAAAUCAAAUCAAUUAACAUUGAAGGUGGGAAAUCAAAAAGUAAAGAAAUAGAUUAACCCGCCGACUUUGCCAGCCAUCUACUCGUAGCUGUCGCCCCACUGUCGGGCCAAUUGACUCAGUCCGUCAGUCGCGUUUCGACCGCAAAACCUGUGAAAUACGAUUCGAUUUCUAGACAUUUCAACUCACGAUUCAAAAACAAAAACAAAAAACAAAAAAUAAAUAACCGUGUGUCCCAUAUUCCCAAUACUCGUUCAACUGGAUUUACAAUUUAUGAAAUAUAAUAUACAUCAUAAAAGUGGAAAAUCUUCAAACUUUGGACUGUUCAAAAUGUGUCGCAUUUCGGGUUACGCAAACGCUUUGGCAUUGCUGUUGUUGUUGCUGUUGCUCUUGGAUUAGAAGGACAUUUUUUGAUAAUAGAUUGAAGUCAAGUGUUUGUUGUUGCCAUUGUAAUUGCUAUUGUUAUUGUUAUUGUUAAAGUGAAGUAGCUUGAGCAGUGAGUGAGUGUAAUUGUAUAAUUAGCAGAAUGCGCAAUUGUUUGCCAAAAAUUGCGAGUGUUUUUCGCAGUAAAUCGUCGUCGGCAGCCCAUUCAAAUGAGUCGGACGCCGAGUCCGAUACGGAUCGCUAUAUCAUAGCAAAAGCAACAACCACAAAAGCAACAACAACAGCUGUCACGACAGAAUCUGAUCAACUGCUCGAUAAUGCCAAUAAAAAGUCGCAGCAGCAGCAACAACGACCACCAGCCACAAAGACGACAAAGACGACAACGACAACAACAGCAGCAGCAACAACAACAACAUUGUAUGCUGAUGACGUCGAUAAGAACCGGCUGAUAAGCGCUGUCAGAACAGCUAAUUCAAAUGUCUUGGAUUUAGAGCAGAGUCGUCAGAACAACAAUUGUGAGAGUGGGAACAACAGCAAUAGAAAUCCAACAGCGACAAAUGGCAGCAUCCGCCAAGUGCAGGACAAAAAUUUGGACACGGAAAUGAAGGUAGCUGGCGGUGAAAUUCCAUUAGCACUGCCAUUACCCAGUCGGAUGAGCAACUCCAGCAAAACGCCAGAGCAAAUGGAGCUGGAGUAUGAGGCGAAUGUGGCAGCUGAGCGAGGGGAUAUAAUGACGCCAUUGCCACGCGACCCAAGGUCACAAGCGAUGACCUUCGUUGAUGGUGUGAGUGGUGCUUGUGUAGGAAGCGGUGUCGGACGCAAUAUGCAGCCGGAAAUAGUCGAGGCCAUACGCAAUCUGGACACACAGGCUUUGCGCCUGAACAAUCUCACACUGGAAGAUAGAUGCAAACUCACGCACAAACCGGAUGAGAGCACUGAUUGCGUGGUCCUGCGUCCCAAGGUGUUCCCCUUCGAUCGCCAGUGUCACAGUCUGUACGAGCGGCGGCUACACAAGGGGCCAAAGCUCCAUCUAUGGGUGGGCAACGGCAAGAAGCCAUCGCCGCCAAGUGACGAUGAUGAGUUCAAAACAUUUCAGCGAAAUCUCAUGGACUUGAAAUAUCCAACCGUGCUACCACCGAAUCCUCAACUUAAGGCGCUUUUAGUUUUUCACAAAUCGGAUAGCAUCUGCGAAGUGGUCACCUUGGCCUGUCAGCGCCAUCAACUGGACGUAACGCUGGUCAAAUCCAAGGAGGAGGCACUGGACACUCUGCAAAAGUCAUAUGCCACCGGGCAGUGCUAUCACCUAAUUAUAAUUGAUGCGCGCUCCACAAAAGGUCUCGAUGCUGAGCACAUUGCAAGAACAAUACGUCAUACACAUGGACAUCAUUUAACGACAAUAAUUGUGGUCUGCAAGAAGAGUUUCUUUGAAAAAGAUGAUGCGCUAAUUGCUCUAUUGGACGCUGGCGUUAAUAGAUGCAUUGCGGAGACAACUAACUUGGCCAUGUGCAGCGUGGAACUGAAGCAGAUACUGCACUCAAUCAUAAGACCCCAUAAUGUCAUGUCCACUCAACAGGCACUCUACACGGCCCUGCAUCGGCUGAAGGAGGUGGUGCUCAUCACGGACGACGUGCUGCGCAUACAGUACGCGAAUCGUGCCACGGAGCGGCUACUCAAUAUGCGGCUGGACGAAAUAAUUAGCAAGCCAUUAGCCGACAUUUUCGUCUCGGACCUGUCCACCAUCAGUGAGCAGGGCAAGAGCAUCAAGGAGUUUGAUGGCAUACUGACGGUGCGCCGCAAGAAUCAGGAGGGGAUUCCCAUGCACGUUCGUGUCGUUCCUGUGGCCUGCAUUGGCAGUGCACCCACACAUCUGAUUUUCAACUUUGAUAUACCCGGUGGCGGUAUGGACUUCAUUGCCACGCUGCCACAACCAAAGGAGGCGCCACGCGGCUCUCUGCACUCGGUGCGCCGCUGCAGCUUCGAUGUGCGAUCCAUUGCCUCCGAUGGACUGCGGCGCACUAGCCUGGCCAAGCUGACAUCGCUGCCUCUGGAGGCGCCCAUCACCAAAAUAAUCAAUUUACUAUCACAAGUACAGGAGAAUUGUUCAGCCGACGAGGCACGCCUCAUCGACAAGGUCUUGGAGUUCCUCAAACGCGAGGGGCUCUACAGUCCCCAAAUGAAAGAGAUACGUACCGAUGAUCCCAUUGCAACUGAUCUUAUUGGCGCCCUCUUAACGGGUCCCAGUGUCUACUCGUCCCGUCGCAGCUCGAAUGACUCCAUCAUCCGCACUGGCAACUCUACGCGUACAGCCAUUGUACCCGCCAAAAUGAAGGCGAAUCCCAUUAUCAUGGAACUGCUUGAAGAAUCUCUAAGCUGGGACUUUGAUAUUUUCAAAUUGGAAGAGAUCACCGAUUACCAUCCGCUGUUAUACUUGGGCAUGGAAAUUUUCCGGCGCUUUGAUGUCUUUGCCACACUGAAUAUUGAUGAGAACGUAUGCAAGGCCUGGCUGGCGGUUAUCGAGGCGCAUUAUCAUAAGAGCAACACAUAUCACAACAGCACACAUGCCGCAGAUGUCAUGCAGGCCACGGGCGCGUUCAUCACACAGCUGGCCAACAGGGAUAUGGUAAUGGAUCGCAUGGAUGAGGCAACGGCCUUGAUUGCGGCAGCGGCACAUGAUGUCGAUCAUCCUGGCCGUUCUUCCGCUUUUCUGUGCAACUCAAACAAUCCGCUUGCUAUAUUAUAUAACGACCUAACGGUACUGGAAUCCCAUCAUGCAGCCAUUACUUUCAAGUUGACGCUGGGUGAUGACAAGAUCAACAUAUUCAAGAACCUUGAUAAGGAGACCUACAAGUCGGCGCGCAGUACCAUUAUAGAUAUGAUAUUGGCCACUGAAAUGACCCGUCAUUUCGAGCACUUGGCCAAGUUUGUUAGCGUCUUUGGCAGUGAGGUUGAGCCGCGUGAGCUGGUGCAGUCAGAGGAGGAGACCUCGAUACUCAUGCGUCGUAUGCUCAUCAAGGUGGCGGAUGUGAGUAAUCCCGCCAGACCAAUGCAGUACUGCAUUGAAUGGGCACGACGCAUUGCCGAGGAGUACUUUAUGCAGACGGACGAGGAGAAGCAGCAUCACCUGCCCAUUGUGAUGCCCAUGUUCGAUCGUGCCACCUGCAGCAUACCAAAGAGCCAGAUUGGUUUCAUCGAAUACAUUAUACAGGACAUGAUGCAUGCUUGGGACAGUUUCAUUGACAUGCCACAGCUGAUCACGUGCAUGCAGAUCAACUACUCACAGUGGAAGAAAUAUGAUGAGCAGGGAGUUAAUACAUUGGCUGAUAUUAUGGCCAAGCAGCCGGCUGUUGGCAACAAGCCGUCCAAUUCUAAAUAGCAUACGGCUUUUCGGCGAGUAUUCUCGGGUUUUCUGAAGCCGCUGCCGGCCCAGGCGCCUGCCACAUCCACAAUUGGCGAGAACGAAAUGGAGGACUUGCUCUAGUGCUGGCGCAGCCGGUCUAGGAGCUGCAACUUGCGUCGCACUCUCUCGGCAUAGGUCUGGCUCUUGUCUUCUUGUCGUUGGUUGCAUACAUAUCUCGACUAAAUAACGCUUCCACAACUGGUGUGUAUGUGUGUGUGUGUAUGUAUGUCUGUGUGUCAAGGGCGGAAGGAUCCUACACAACAAACACACACACACACAAACAAACACAAAACUGUCGCAAAUGUUUGAAGAGCAAAAACAUAAAUAACAAAACAAAAAACAAAAGUUAUUGGGCUGGACUCAAAAUUUAAUAUUUAAGUAACAUCGCAAAGUUUGUAUGUAUAUGUUAAUGUGCGUGAGUAUGUGUGUGUGUGUGUGUGUGUGUGUGUGCGUGCAUGAGUGAGUGUGCGUAUGUUAUUUGCUAAAAAUAUAAUAAAUACAAAUAGAAGUCUAAACAUAAACGUAAAUACAAGAACUAGCAAAUAUAGUCACCUAUUGCCCCAUGGGGCAUAGAGGCGUGCGCUCAAGAGUACCUAAAAUGGUAUUAAAGCAUAAUCAGCACAUGCAUAUGCAGUAAAAAGGUCAUAUGUAUGUGUAUAUAUGUCUGUUCCCCCCCACCCCCACCCUAUCACACACGAUGACAAUCUCUGUUAAAUGGCAAAAAUAUCUACAUACACAUAGUUUAAAUGUCCAACUAUUUAAAAUUAAGGCAAAUAUCAAAUGCAUAACUAAACGGCUGUAUGAGUGUGUGUGUGUGUGUGCGUGCGCGUGUGUGUGUAUCUGUGUUAUUGCAUGAUUCACCAGGGAUAAGAUAAAUGUGCAGAGCAAACGAACUAUUGCUAGAAUUAGACAAAUAUAUCUACAUACAAAUGUAUAUCCAACUAUCUGAUUAGCAAAAGCAACAACAAUUCGAAUCCACAAACGUAACGUGUGAAAUUCUAUGGGGCCCGUUACUAUUACCUUCUAUCUACAUAAUAUCUACUAUCUAAUAUACCUAAUAAUUUAAUUAAUGUUGAAUCAAGCUAAUUGCAAAACAUUUAUGAUUAAGUGAAUCCUUUUUGAAAUCUUUUUUAUCUAAUUGACUGAACAAAUUACAUAUUAUACAUAUAACAAGUAAAUUAAUACGAAUUGAUAAUACGUUCUUGUUAAAACAGAAAAAGAAACAAAAUGAAAAAAUAUUUAAAAAACAAAAAAAAAAAAGUGGCAAACUAAUAAGUGUAUACAUAAAGAAUAUAUACAAUUUAUAUACAACUUUUACGAAGCAUAAGCAUAUUCAAAGAAUAUAUUUAUAUAUUAUUAUUAUUAUAUAUGUAUGUAUUGUAUGUAUAUGUGUAUUUGUGUGUGUGUGUGUGUGCUGGACACGAUACCAAACAACAAUCACACUGUUAUUUGUAUCUGUUAUAAACAUUUUUGAUACAGUUUAUAAACACAAACCAAACCCAAGACCCAAUUUCAAAUUGCCAAAUGGUACUAGGACCCAUCAUUUUUUAGGCCAAAAUAGACAACAGUCGGACACAGAUAUAAGAGUGCAUAUAUACAUACAUUUAUUGUUGUUAAUGUGUGUGUGUUAAACGUACGUUUGUGUAUGUAUGUAAAUGGCAUACGUACACAUCUUAAUAAGUAUUUACAAAAACAAACAAACAAACAAAAUCAAAGCGAAAAA